GCCUUCCACUCGGCCUCUCCAUCCGUCCAUCCAGCUCAACCAUGGCACCCUUCAAGAUUAGCGCCGCCUUCCUGGCCCUGGCCGCCCUCGCCUCGGCCGCCCCCUCCGAUCCCUACCGCCCAGUGUACACGCCCGCGCCCUACCACCCUCCGCCCCCGGUCUAUCUCCCUGAGCCCGUGUACAAGCCCGAACCCGUGUACAAGCCGAAGCCUGUGUACCACCCCAAGCCAGUUUACAAACCUGAGCCUGUAUACAAACCCGCACCCGUGUAUGAGCCCGAACCUGUGUACAAGCCUGAGCCCGUGUACAAGCCUGAGCCCGCGUACAAGCCCAAGCCCGUGUACAAGCCCGACCCCUACCACCCAAAGCCCGUCUACGAUGAGGAGCCCAAGCCCUACUCCUUCGACUACGGCGUGAAGGACCACUACUCAGGCGCCAACUUCGGCCACACCGAGAACUCCGACGGGAAGGCCGUGAAGGGCUCGUACACCGUGGCCCUCCCCGACGGCCGCAUCCAGACCGUCAACUACGUGGCCGACCACUACAACGGCUUCCAGGCUGAGGUCACCUACGAGGGCGAGCCCAAAUACCCCGUGUACCACCCCGAGCCCGUGUACAAGCCCACCCCCUACAAGCCCGCCCCUUACAAGCCCCCUACAUACCUCCCCGAACCCGCCUACCCCGCGUACCAUUAAUCAAUUCGUCAUUUAAAUUAAGCUUUACACAUUUUACCAUCGCGUAAAUUAUCGUUUCCCUCACCCUCCUCCCUAAGACUUUUUUCAAAUAACAGUUCGUCUGCUGCAAGUUAUGCUCUUGCAAAUCCACACUGAAAUACCAACCGUUCAGACUCCGUUAACAAACCCAAUAUCCAUCCCUUUGUAUUCUCCUAGUACCUACGGCGUUAAGUAAUACAUAACUAGUAUUUAGAAAGAGUUCUAAAUAUAUCCUACGACUGCCCCCACCACCAUCCCCCGCGCCCCCACCCAAUCCCAAUCUCCAACCCACGGUAUUCUCAGGGACUUGCGAUUCGGUCCCAUACGAUCCUUACCUUUUUAUGUCCUUCCCAUCCUAUCCAUCCAUAUCAACCCACUGCCACUUCCGUCCCCCUUCCUUCGCCCCAUCCUUCCACCCUUCCCCAUCCCUUGCCCCCUCCUACAUCGGGCUGCCAUGGAUUCACCUGUAGUCCUUAGAUGUACCGUACAGGUGCGCCUCACGAGCGAUUAGAGUAUAUCAGAAAUGAUUAUAUAUAUUUUAUAUGAAUGUAUUUUAGUUAAUAAAGCAUAUGAGAAACGACAAAG